UUCCUUUUGAGAGGCGCACUUGGAGUUCCUCUCUCGCUGCAUGCCACCUGUUUCCAUGAUGCUUCAAUAAAAAGACAAAGACACUUCUGGACUCAUCAGGGUUUUAUUCAUACAUCGAUCGAUCAAGGCUGAACUUAUUUUUUCCACAACAGCAGCGUCUCUUCCUGUUUUUUCGGAGUUUUUUCAGGUGCAGUAGUUGAUCAUACAUGUCCAAUGUUCCAUCACAGAGCUGACUAUAGCUGCUGCCUGGACACUCCCACCAAACUGUGUGUAUAAAAAGAGAAAUCAGUGGUGAUAAGUUUUAACAACCGGUCACUUCUUCAAAGGAACUUCCCCUUAUUGGCAGAGCAUUCCAGACUUUGAAGAUUGAAAAUGGUGGAAUAUAUAGUGACUGUACACACUGGCUUUCUUGCCAGUGGCAGCACUAUAAAUAAGAUCAACAUUAAGCUGGUGGGCACAGAUGGAGAGAGCGACCACAAAUGGCUCAAGCCCUGGAAAGGAGCUUUAACCUUCGUGAAGGGACUAAGCUCGUACUUUUAUGUGUCCUGCCCCACCUCCCUUGGAAAGCUGGUGCUGAUUGAACUAGACAAACAGAAUCUCCUGGAGGUGACAGAGGACAAGUGGUUCCCUGCCAAGGUAGAAGUGAAAUCCCCUGAAGGAGAAAUCUACAACUUUCCCAUCUACCGCUGGAUCAUUGACAACGAAGUGCACCGAUUCAGGGAGGGAACAGCUCUGAGAGUCUUUGACGACACCCAUCAUCUUGGCAGGUACAGUCGACAGCAGGAGCUGAAGCAGCGUGAGGAAGAGUAUCGCUGGGAUGUGUAUGUGGAGGGAAUACCCCACUGCAUUAAGGCAGAAGACCCUUCUUCACUGCCUCGUGAGGUCCGCUUUUCCUUCACCAAGAAAACAGAGUUUGCCUUCACAGCAUCCACAGGACUGGCAGAGCUGGGGCUGAAAGGACUGACAGCUUCUGAGGAGCCAUGGACUAAUAUUGAUGACAUCAGUCAGGUGUUUUACAACAAAUGGACUCCCGUAUCAGAGUAUGCCCAAAAACACUGGAAGGAGGAUGCUUUCUUUGGUUACCAGUAUCUAAAUGGUGUCAACCCCAUAUUGAUCCAACGCUGUAAAGUCCUGCCUGGAAACUUUCCCAUUACUGCUGACAAGAUCUUCCUCCAUGGUCACUGUAAACUGACUGACGAAAUGCAGAAAGGCAACAUAUAUCUGUGUGACUACAAGCGUUUGGAAGGACUGCAAGCAAACACCAUCAAUGGGAAGAAGCAGUACUUGAUGGCUCCCCUCGUUCUGCUCCAGAAAACUCCUGAUGAUAAGCUGAUGCCAAUUGCCAUUCAGCUGAAGCAGAAUCCAGCAGAUGACAACCCGAUCUUCUAUCCUACUGACUCUGAGUACGACUGGUUGACGGCAAAGAUUUUUGUGAGAAGUGCGGAUUUCAACGAGCAUCAGCUCAACGUUCACCUGCUGCGCACCCACUUACUGGCAGAAGUUUUUGCAGUGUCGCUGCUGCGCAAUGUGCCCAUGAUUCAUCCUCUGUACAAGCUUCUCAUCCCUCACACUCGCUACACUCUGCAGAUCAACUUCUUAGCUCGGCGUCUUCUAAUAUCUGAGACUGGAGUUUUCAUUCAGUUUGCAUCUUCUGGUGGAGAGGCUAUGAUGACGAUCCUGAAAAGAUCUCUGUCUGAGAUGACCUACACCUCCCUCUGUAUACCAGAUGACAUUGCAGAGCGCGGUGUGGAGGAUGUGCCAAACUACUACUACAGAGAUGAUGGACUCAAGCUGUGGGACAUCAUCUACAAGUUUGUGGAGGGGAUCCUUGGCCACUACUACAAGAGUGAUGCUGAAGUCCAGCAAGACACUGAACUGCAGAAGUGGACUUCAGACAUUUUUGAACAUGGAUUCCUGUCCCAAGCAAACACAGGGAUUCCACAGAGCCUCACCACUGUAGCCCAGAUGGUCAAGUUUGUUACCAUGAUGAUCUUCACGUGCUCUGGCCAGCACUCAGCUGUGAACGGUGGACAGUAUGACUACGGUGGCUGGAUGCCCAACACACCCACCUCCCUGCAACUUCCCCCACCAACCAGAAAGGGGACGACAAGCGAGGCCACGAUGCUGCAGACGCUCCCUGACAUUAACGCAACAGCUCAGGGUUUGUCAGCCAUGUGGCUACUCAGCAAGCGGUCCAGCGACUUCGUCGCUCUUGGCCAGUACCCCGACGACCAUUUCAGUGAGGAGGUUCCCUGCAAGAUGAUACAAAACUUUCAAGGAGAGCUGGAAGUGUUGAGCGCAGUCAUCAAAGCCAGAAACAAGGGUUUGGAGGUGCCAUACACAUACAUGGAUCCGAAGGAGAUAGAAAAUAGUGUGGCCAUUUAAACACUAGAAGGUGUGACUCCUGUGAAAGUGACCAAAUUCAGCUUCAUACUAAAGAAACAGGCCACAGAGGAGGAACUGUAUGUUGUCAUUUUAACUGAUACUAAGCCAAUGUUCAUGAUCCUUGCAUGCUGAUAUGUAUUUUGUAGGCAGGCUCAUAGAUUUAGCUGCAGUAAAAAAUUAUUGCUUCACCUCAUAAUCCUAAAUCCUUUUCUGCAUUGAUCACUGAAUUUGCUUUGUUAAUCUGAAACAUUAAGAAGUGGGUUUUUUUUGUGGGGAUGUUUUUUUCAUUUUUAUUAGUGCUGGACAACGAUUAAAAUUUUUUAAUCGCGAUUAAUUGCAUUGUUUCGCGUCAAAUUAAAUAAUGAAUUUAGAAGUAGCCUAUUCUGCACUUUUAUUUUAAAAGUACUGAGCAAAUAUAUAUGAGCAAAAAUGCAAUCACAUUUGGUUUGCACUUGCACAAACAAACAAAGUGCUUUUUAACAGCAGUAUUCCCUUUACCCAAUAGCAGUUAAAAUAUUUCUUGCAAAUCUCAACCUAAACAUUAAUGUAAUCAAAUCAAACCAAAGCUAUUUGCCACUGCAAGGGCAUUAAUGUUUGUUAUCGGAAAACAAGCUACCCUCAGAGUCCAGAGCCAUGAUCAUAACAUUAUAACAGGAACCUUCCCAGCAACACCAAGUUAACAUUUAUACAGCUGUAUUCUUAUUUUUCCUCUGAACAGGAACCAGCAGAAACAUUUUUCUUUAAUCAGGGAGCAGCAGAAACAGUCUAUGUUCAGUAGCAGCUGUCCCUGUUAGAGUGAGGUCAAGUGGUCCAGCACUAAAAAGUCCACAGCUGCGACUGACUGUGCAGAAGACUAUUUAGUCUGUGAAGUUCAUGUUUGUACUUCUUUGGGUUUUUUUUGGCCUUUUAAGGCUUUAAUAUAUAGGACAGUGGAGACUGACAGGAAACAUGGGGAGAAGAGCAAAUGGCCAUGGGCUGGACUCGAACCCAUCACCGCUGCUUCGGGACCUAUAGUCCUGAUUUAUAUUGUCACACACAAAAAGCCUUCCAGUGAUGCAGGUUGAGGCUAAUACGUGCCGUCAUUCGUUGUGAUCCGAAGAACGUUCCUCAGACCGACAUCUUCCACAAUACUAAUCGGAAUGCAGUCUAUAGCUAACUACUUCGCUGUGACAUUUUUUUUAGCUUGUCUUGUUUUAGUUUAUCUCCAUUUGUCCCACAUGCUGCAUCCAGCCAGUCUGCCUGUUAGUUUGGGUGAGACAAGAUGAUGCCCAUCCCAAGUACUGAUCAACAUCCAGCCCUCCUGUGAUCCAAGGUUUGUCUGUCUGUGGAUUCAGAGCCAGUGAGCAACGGACUUUCGCAAUAAUAAUAAUAAUAAUAAUAAUAACAAUAAUAAAAAAUGGCGUUAACGCGCGAUAACAUAAUUGUCAGCAUUAAUUAAUUAAUGCAUUAACUUGCUCAGCCCUAAUUUUUACGUAUGUUUUUUUUGUCAACACCAAGAAGAAAGAAAUCUGAUUUUUCUGUAGUACGUUUGUUCUCUUAUAGCAUUGCACUAAUAAACUGAGCUAAACUUUGA